GUUCGACAGCUCCCGCGCUGCGCCAUCUUGGCCCGGGAAAACGGCUUCCGAACGCGGGAAGGUGUCGUUGGUGUCUAAGGCUUGGCCAUGGACGGUGCGGACUCGACGACGGAGGCCUCAUCCUCCGGGCAGAGCCUCCAGCCCUUGAUAGAAACCUUAGAGGACCCCGCCGCCGGCACGGAGGUCCUCACCGAUGCGCUCCUCGCCCUCACCAAUCGCCUGACUGGUGAGGAAGGGAAAGAAUUCGCUGCCCAAGUUGGGAAGCACUUCCCUCAGCUCUGCAAGAUCUUUAAGACACACAUUCCUACUGAAAAUUCAGAACUGAGCAGCGCAGCCUUGCAGGCUUUAGGAUUCUGUGUGUUUAACUCCAAGAUUGCUUCGUUACUUUGUGAAUCAGAAAUACAAGAGUUGCUUUCAGUUGUAAACAGUGUUGCUGAAAGAGCAGUGGACAAAAACACUCGCACUAGAGCACUUUGGGUGAUCUCGAAACAGUCCUUUCCUGCUGAUGUUGUUGGGAAGCUGGUACCCAGUAUUAUUACUACAUUAGAGACAGUGCUUAACAAAGGAGACUUGCCUUCUAUUGUGGUUGAAUAUGAAGUACUAAAUGUUAUCAUUCGGCUCAUAGAGCAAGCUCCAUCUUCCAUGGAGAAAGAGGCUGUGAGGUGGGCCAAACUGAUCAUCCCUUUGGUUGUCCACACAGCACACAAAGUGCAGUUAAAGGGUGCAACUGCUUUGGAGAUGGGGAUGCCACUUUUACUUCAGAAGCAGCAGGAGGUGGCAGUGGUCACUGAAGUACUAAUGACUACGAAAAUAAUUCCAGAACUCCAAAAGCUUUUUUCAUCAAAAAAUGAGACUUAUGUUUUGAAACUAUGGCCUUUGUUUGUAAAGCUGCUUGGCAAAGCAUUGCAUCGUAGUGGAAGCUUUAUCAAUUCUUUACUGCAGUUGGAAGAACUUGGAUUUCGUAGUGGGUCACCAAUGGUAAAGAAAAUCGCAUUCAUUGCAUGGAAGAGUCUGAUAGAUAAUUUCGCUCUAAAUCCAGAGAUUUUAUGCACUGCAAAAAGGCUGAAGUUGCUCAUGCAACCAUUGAGCUCCAUCCACGUAAGAACUGAAGCACUGGCACUGACAAAACUAGAAGUCUGGUGGUAUUUACUGAUGAGGCUUGGAUCCCAGCUCCCAGCCCACUUUGAACAGGUGUGUGUGCCAUUAAUUCAGAGCACUUUAAGCUUAGAUGCCUCUUUCGUACAAGGGAAUUCAUCACGGUUGUCUAUUAACCAGAGUUUAAUGACACCAGGUUCUGCACAGAAAGGAGGAGCUGCUGCUACUCCAAAGAUGAAGCUGAAUUCUAGGAUUGGAGGAAUCGUGGCCCUUCCAUCCAUUCAGCUUUUAGGAAUUGAAAUGCUGCUUCAUUUCUUCAUGAGUCCAGAUGUGUUGAAAUUUGCCAACGAAAACAAUAUUGUGCUUAGUUUAGAACCUCUUCAGUAUUCAGUUAUUAGCAGUCCUUCCUUCUUCUGUAAACAUUCAAAUACAUUCAUAAAUGCAGUUCAGGAUGGCUUCAUUGCAGUUGGAAAAGAUGCUUCUGAUGUUAUUUUGAGUGCUAUCUGGAAGAAAAUGAUUGGUUUUGUAAGAGCUGCAAUUGAAUCAGGCAGCAAAAAAGAGCGGCCAAGUUCAGAAGUCCUUACAAUGCUGCUGCAAGCCUUAAAAAGCAUUGUCCUGUCAAAUGAACUGCCUGUGCUCCAGUCACUGUCCCUGAUAGAAAUCACAGUUAAAGAUUUACCUCCAAAAGUAUUAGGAUCACCAGCCUACCAGAUUGCCGAUAUGGAUCUUCUGAAUGGGACACCAGCAUUAUUCUUAGUUCAGCUCUUUUUCCAGGAAAAUGUGUUGAAAUGUUGUGUUCAGGAAGAAAGGUUUUUCUUGAACUAUGAAUCUCUUGUAAGAAUUGUUUUGUCUGGUCCUACAUCCCCCCUGGCUUUUAGCGAGUCUGUUUUCACAAUUGUUAAUCAAAGUGCGCAAUAUCUGGAAAACAAAGAAUAUCUCUGGCGAAUAUGGAGCACUGUAGUUAACCCAUUAACUGAAUGGAUUAACCAGACAAAUGAAGUAAAUCAAGGUGAUGCUUUGGAACAUAACUUCAGUGCAGUUUACAGUGCUUUGCUGCUGCCUAUAAAACACAUCUUCCCGUCUACUGGAUUUCCACAGCCCACAUUGAAAACCUUGUUACGUUCUUGGUCGGAGCUCUACAGAGCCUUUGCCCGUUGUGCGUUGUUGGUUGCAACAGCAGAAGACAAUUUAUACUGUGAUGAACUCUGUGCCAAAAUUAUAUCUGGAAUAGAAGAUGAAACUCAGAUUAAUCAGUCCAUGUUGGAUGGACUUUCUCACAUUGUAUCCGUGAUGGUUAACUGCAUCAGUUUUGCACCUUAUGGUACUAAGUAUCAGCCACCAAACAGAUCUCCACAGACACUUUCAGACUGGUCCAAAAAGAAGAAAGACGAUCCCCUUGGAAAGCUGUCAUUCCUAGUGAAGCUCUUGGUGAUCAUGGUGAACGCUCUGUACAGGCUUGAUUCAAAAGAAUCUGGUCUUGAAAAGCUAGCCCCCAUUGGUGUUUCCAUCAUUGGAGUUCUUCAGAAUAUCAUCAGCCGCAUCUCUCUGCCUUCAGUCAUCAGAUCUCUGUUCAGAAAUGUUACAAAACCACUGGCAGCAUUUUAUGAAAAAACAAAGUCUGCAAAAGUAUCUAGAGUGAGUAAUGGACUGAACAAUAAGUUUGAAAAGUUGUUUGUGGAAAGUACUAGCUGUUUCCAGUCCUACUACACUGAAGCCUUUGACAGUGAGCUGCUACAGGAGCUGUCUCCAAUACUGUGCAUCCUGCUUUUGAGCAAGACAAAGCAGAUCCGCAGCCAAGCCGCUCAGUUCUGGAAUGCAACCUUUGGGAAAGCUGUCAUGCUGGCAUACCCAGAAGAGCUGAAAUCUGUUUUGGAUCAAGCCAGGCAUAAAACAAUUCUCUCAUUGCCUGGUUUUGAAAGCAUUUCGAUGGCAGCAGAGUCCACAGAGACAUGCUCAGAUUCAGUAGAGAGCUCCCAAUGGGAUCCUAUUGUAAGUGGAAUAGAGGUAAACUCAACUGGGAAAAGGGACUCCUUGCUGGCACAAACCAGUGAAGUAAAAGAGAACAGUAUUACUCCCCAUGUAACACCUGCCAAGAUGAUACUAGAGUUCCCACAGUUGAAAACAAAUAAAAAAACCAUACUUCUGGAAGAAGAAAAUACUGCUGACUUCGUGUUUAUUCCUCCAGAAACAAAAGAGAGAGUAUUGACAGACCACCAAAAAGAAGUUCUAAGAACUAAAAGGGUUGAUAUUCCUACAAUGUACAAUAACCUGGAUGCCUCCCAAGACACUGCCUUGUUUUCCCAGUACAGCCAAAGCCAGGAAGAGUCUUUGGAGGUAGAUGUGAAAGAAGAACACGGAAAGAAAGAGAACGAAACAGAAUCUCAGGAUGAAAAAGUGACAAGUGAGCUGCCUGAUGCUCCCUGUGAAGUUACUGAAAAGUGCAAGACACAGGGGCCUCCAGAGGAAAUUGCUACUACUACUACUAACACUACUGAGCAACAUGAGAAAAUGAACUUAGAUCCAAAUUGUAAGGAAUCAGAAAUGGGUGUUACUAAAACUGUUUCAGCAGAACCAGAUGUUACUUUAAAUGAAAACACCUCUAAUAUCAGCAGCAGUAGCUCUUCUUCUAGUGACGUCAUUUCAGGAACCCCGCAGCCUGUCAGUCGAAGACAGUCCUUCAUAACUUUGGAAAAAUUUGAUAGUUCAGAGAUCAGGCCCUUCAGUCCUUCAACUUUCAGUCAUACCUCAGGGCCCUCUGUAAGUACGCUGCUUUUGUCAUCCAAACAGGAAAGCAUGGCUACUUCAGAUGAUUCUCCCAAAGGCAGCCCAACUCUUGACAAUAAGGAUAACUACCAAGUCAAAAGGGGAGGAGGGCAGAUUCGCACUAAAAGGUCAUUCCAUGAAAUCAUAGAUGCGCUAGAGAAUUAUGUCAAAGUUAAAAAAGCAAAAGAGGAAAGCAAACUGAAUUCACAAUUGCGCUCUGCGAGCACAUUAGGGAUAAAGAAGUCAAGUCUUAGGAAAAAUCAAGCAGAGCUUUCUGAAGACAAAACAAAGCAAACAGAGCAGGAUCAGGAAAAAAAUACUGCAAUACCUGCAGUCGAACAUGUUGAGGAGAAACCUGAGGUACCUUGUGAGACUCAAGAAGCGGCAUCCAGUUUGAAUACAACUGAUAAAACAGCAGAAAAUAAGCAAACUUUGGACAAUGUUGCAGAGACAAAGGUAGAACCAAAUUUAGAUUCUACUAAAGAGAAUACCCCUCCAGUAAUAGAUGCACCAGGAGAAGCAAUAUCUAAUGUUAGCCAAGCCCCACAAAUUUCACCUAGUCAAAAAACAUUACGACGUUCAUUAAGACGAAAACCAGAAACCAUGGAAGAGUCUGCAGAUAGUCAGGAGAAGGGCAGUCAGCAGAAAAAGGAUGGACAUAAAGAUGAUGAAAAGCUGCCAAAGAAAAGUCCCCAGGGUAAAGAGAUAGUUAUACAAAAAUCUGUGCCUGAAAAAACAAUGGAUACACGAAGAGGAGGUAUACAUGGAAGUAAUACUGCAGAUGUAAUAGUCACAGAUGAAUGCCAGACUUCAAGAAAUAGCCAAGAGAAGGGUAACAAAAGCACUGGAAAGACUGAAGGCAACAACAGUGCAUCAGACAUAGAUAAUUUGCAAGUCUCUGCACCAGAUGCAACUGAGGAGAAACCAAAAGAUCAUCCACGAUACCAUACCCGAAGAUCCUCACAAGGGUUGCUUACUCGUAUAGAAAACUCAGAAUCAGAAAGUUCUGAAACAAGAGAAGAAGGCACUAAAAGGAAAAGAGAAUCAGAAAGUUCUGAAACAAGAGAAGAAGGCACUAAAAGGAAAAGAUCGGAAAGAUUGAAAAAUAAAACCAGCUCUUUUGGAAACAAUGUCAAAGAGGAUCUGGAAAGCCAAGAUGUUCAUUCACAAAGUGUAGUAGAAAUCCAGAAUAUCUCCAUAGAAAAUAAAGAGAUGAUACUGCCUGAGUGUCAUGUGAACUUAAGUUUGAUUACAGGUAAUUGUAAAGAAAAAGACAAAAAUACCCUCCAAGUUAGUGAAUGUUUGGAAAAUAAACAAGACAUGGACACUCCACUUUAUAGAGAGACGUCUGAUGAAGAUAAAAAUUCAGACAAAUCGAUGACAGAGUCAUCUUUAGAAAUUGAGGAGGGAAGUAACAUUCUCGAUACAGAUUCUGUUCUAUGCUCCAGCAAAAGGAAUCUUACUGAUGUUUCAGGAGAUGAUGUCUGUACAACAGCUGUUUCGUUGGGUUCAUCUGAGAAAACAGAAAUGCCUGAAUGCCAGCACAAAAGAAGCAGGCGGGCUAGAAAAUCAAAGAACUGUGACUGCUGUGAAACGUCAUACGUGCUGUUAGUAAGGUCUGAUCUUAAAAAACCAGGUACUCUGGAAUUAAGGUCAAAAGAGCCUAAAAAGACGCCUAAUAAAGCAACAGUGGCUUCACCAUCUGUUUCUGCUGAAGAACCUUCAUCUGCAGAAAGCUUGACUGCAGUGCCGUGUGCAACAAGUACCCCAGUGCCCUUUGUAAAGGACUUUGCUGAACAGAAAGAUUCGAGAAGUGUUGAAUCUGACAGGGAUUUAUCAGAGGAUGAGGCGCCAAAAGAGGAACCCAGCAACGUGCCAUGUGGCAAAAUUGAAGGUGACAAUUCUAUUGUCGAAGAGGAGUCUCACAACUUGUCCUGUAUCCAAAGUGAAGGUGACAUACCUAUUGCUGAAAAAGUUUCUGAAUCAAGUUCACCAGAGACUCAUUCAAAAGAAUCCAUUGCUCCUUGUCCAUCAGAAGUGGACACAGUUCCAGCUGCUUUAAAAAAGGAAGUCACUAAUCAUAGUGAUGAAUUGGAAGAAGCAGUAAUGGAUGUCAACCAACUUGAGGGUGAACAGUCUAGUGAAUCAGUUGCCAGUGUUGUCCAGAAUGCUAUAGAAGAGGCUGCUGCAGCUUGUGCGACGAUGCUACCAGAACCUCAAACUGAAGCGGGCCAGAAAGAACAUGCAGAAAGUGCUGCAGCAGAAAUGUCGUUUGGAUGCCAAACUUCAGCUCCGGGACAAAUUAGCAAUAGUAACUCAGACUCUCCUCUCAAAUCUGAAGAACUUGAUGCUUUAUCUUUGGCCAAGAUGGAUGAAAGCCCUAAUGGAAUGCAGGCACGCUGCGUUUGGUCUCCUUCAGCAUCCCCUUCUAGCAGUAUUUUGAAGAGAGGUGUUAAAAGACAACAAGAGGAGGAUUCUCCACCUGUAAACAAGAGCCGACGUGUUUCCUUUGCCAAUCCAAUUUACCAAGAGGAAUUAGCAGAUGACAUUGACCGACGUCCUGUGGUUAGAAACCAUUAUUGCAAUGGUUCUCCAUCUGUCCGAAAUAUUAAAUCUUCACCUAGCCCUAUCAAGCCUAUUACCACUCCAACCAAAGGAUCUCUGUCCCCAGGAACUCGUAGCCUUAAGUAUAAGAGCUCAAAGAAGUGUUUAAUUGCCGAAAUGGUUAAGGAACCAUUGCCAGCUCCUACAGAAAGCAUAUAUCCUGCAUUGGCGGGCUGUAAAACACCGAUUGACACAAUUUUGCCACAGAUUACCUCAAAUAUUUGGGCCAGAGGAUUAGGACAACUCAUUCGAGCAAAAAACAUCAGGACUGUGGGUGAUCUGAGUUCCCUGUCGGCCGCGGAAAUAAAAACACUUCCCAUUCGUUCUCCCAAAGUGUCAAAUGUUAGAAGAGCUCUUAAAGGAUACCAUGAGCAACAGAUAAAGUCUCAUGGACCUGAGGAAACGGCUGGCCAGGAGGACACUGAAAAGCUUGUCAAUGGCAUGGACGAGAAGCCCUGUUCAACGAGUGAUGACAAAACAAUGGCAGACUUGUGUGAACCAGUCGCCUUGAGGGCAGAUGAACAGUCAGCCAUAGACCUUUGGGCACAGAUCAAUACAUUUACUGCUCAGAUGACAUCCGAAAACCUUCUCAGUUAUUCAGGGGAAGAACUCAUUGAAAUGAUAGAGAAACUCAAUAACACGACAAAUUGUAUUAUGAAACAUUUACAAAGCCGUUGGAAGUCUUCAGCCCAAGAGAGCACCGUUUGACCUUUUACAUAGUUCUUUUUUUUUUUAAAGACUUUGUUGUAUGACAUCUUAUUUCUAAAAUCCUGUAAUUUUUAUUGCAGUUAAAUACCUUGAGUGUAUGAGAUGCUUUAAGCAGAUGGAUAUUUUUUAAAAAAUUGAGUAAGACAUAGUGUUUAGGCAUAUACUUUUAAAAUUUCAUGACCUCACUAUUCAAGUUUAUUUCAUAGUUGCUGCUAUUCACAGUUUCCAAAUGUGUGAAGACUGUGAAACUUACAUUUAGUACGUUAGUUAUAUUUUUGAAAAGGAGGCUUGUCUGAUGCUGAGUUGCGUCAAACAUAAUAAAAAAAGGCUGUGAAUUGUGUUUAUAGUAAUUUCCCUGACAUUUUGGAUAGUAUUUUUUACUAGCAUGUACACUAGGUUUCUCAUGUACACUGCUUUUAAUACUUAAACAACAUCUCUGAAUACUUACUCGGCAAGUUACACUCAGCCUGUUUUUGCAUGCAUCUGUUAUGCAGAAGGAAACGGGUCACUACACAAUUUCAGUGGAUUUUCUCAGGAUCAAAUCACAUGUUAAUAGGAUUUUAUACAAAACAGAGCUAUACUUACUGCAUCCUCUGACUUAUGAGUAGAUUGAACAGAAAUAACUUUGUAUAUUAUGUAUAGGUUUAGCAAUUGCAGAUGCUUUAAAUUAAAUGCACUGCAUUAAAUGCACUGUGAUAUCUUUGGAUGGGAGAAAUCUUGACUGUACAAUAUGUUUUCCAGUUUGGAUAAGGUAAGAGACCCAUCCACCUGUUAAAAGCAAAUAAGUUUAUAUAUAUAUAUAUGUAUAUGAAUAAAAUAGUUAAUUAUUCUACUAA